AUGAAGAAGUUUCAAUUGAAAACUAAUAUGAGGGCGAUAGCAGAUACAUAUUUCAGUGAUUUUCUGCUACGUGUUGGCAAUAGAGAAGAACCAACAGAAUCUGGAGAUUUAAUCCACAUUCUAGAUGAAAUGGUAAUAGAAUUUGAAGAUGAAGAAAAAUCAAAGAAUGAGUUGAUAAAUGCAAUAUUUCCUUCAUUAAAACUUCAAUCUGAUUCGGCAGAAUACAUUACACAACGAGCUAUCUUGGCAACGAAGAAUGACAUUGUAGACAAAUUUAAUGAGAAACUAAUUUCUCAAUUUUCAGGAGAAAAUGUUACAUAUCAUAGCUUUGAUUCAGCAACAGAUGAUGCAGAGACUCAAUAUCCAGAAGAAUUCCUCAAUUCAUUGGCUCUAAAGGGACUUCCACCACAUAAAUUAGUUUUGAAGGAGAAUUGUCCAAUAAUGCUAUUAAGAAAUUUGAAUCCUUCUCAGGGCGAAUGCAAUGGUACACGUUUGAUUUGUCAUUGUAGGCGCAACGGAUGA